GGAGUACAACCUACACACAUCAACACACUAGUUCCCUUCCUUAGUGUCGACGACGUUCUACGCCUUCCUUAUCGACUUACUUUUUAAAAAAUAAACUUAGCUUUACUUCUGCACCACACGUUUCACCUUGGCCAAACAACAAAGUUUCACCAAAAAGAUGUCUUCACGUCGUAUGUUGCACACGAUGAUCCGCGUGGGUGAUCUGGAGCGCUCCAUCAACUUCUACACGCAGCGCCUGGGCAUGAAGCUGCUGCGCAAGUGGGACAUCCCGCAGGACAAGUACACGUUGGCCUUCCUCGGCUACGACACCGAGAAGAACACCGCAGUGCUGGAGCUGACCUACAACUACGGCGUCACCUCUUACAAACACGAUGAGGCGUACGGUCACAUCGCGAUUGGCGUCGAGGAUGUCAAGGCGGUUGUCGCCGAUAUGCGGCAGCACGACGUCCCGGUUGAUUAUGAGGAUGACGAGGGCUUCAUGGCCUUUGUGGUGGACCCGGAUGGCUACUACGUUGAGCUCCUGAACACGGACACAAUGAUCUCGAAGGCAGAGGAGAUGAUGAAGGAGCAGGGGACGGCGUAA